AUGGCUGUUGCAGAGUUCACUUUAUCCAAUUUGACCGUAUCACAUGCUGUUUCAGAGUCAACUACUGUCAGCGAGAUGAUUAAUGGAAAAUCACAUGUGAUCAAUCACGAUUUGGAGUUGAGGUUUUUCCUUCACUACUGCAUCUCAAAAGGGAUCGAUGUGGUGAAGUUUAACAUCCAGUUUAAGAUUGUUGUUGAUUCUGUUCCAUCUUCUUCUUAUGUUGCUCCUUCUUCGUCAUCAUCAAGUUUUGUUUCAAACAACGAUGUGGCUAUUGUAGAAGAUUUGACGGAUGAUUCAUCCUUGGUCGAAAGGGUCCCCAAGAAGUCAGAUGCUUGGGCCAACAUCUUAACCGGAGUAGGGCAGGUUUUUGAAAGUAAAAUUGAUUCUCGUGAUACUGUUAAGAAGUACGAAUAUCAUAGUGGUUACAAACUUGAAGUACGUAAGAGUGACAAGAAACGUUACACUGUGCGUUGUUUUAACAAGAAAAGUCAAAGUUGUAGCUGGAGGUUUCAUGCAUCUCUCGUUGCCAAUACUAAAGGUGAGUUUCAGUGCAAGACGUUUCACGGAGAGCAUGCAUGUGAUUUAGCUUCUUCUGAUCCAGCAAAAGUCAGGAUGACAAAGUCUUUUCUGAAGGAUAUCUUAAUAGAUGAAUUUCAAGCAUCAAAGAAGAAGAAGACUGCAACUGAUGUCCAAGAUAUGCUCCAUCAGGAAUAUGGUAUUGAUAUCACAUAUAGUCAGGGACACCAUGGUUUACAGUUCACCAAAGAGUCUCUUUGGGUUGAUGACAUCAAGUCCUAUUCAUACUUUGUUUGGUAUAAAGAAUCAAUAGAACGUUAUAAUCCUGGAAGUGUCGUGAAGUUUGAGUAUGAUGAGAUCUAUCCAGUUGCUUUUGGUAUUGUACCUUGCGAAAAUUGUGAGAGUUGGGAAUGGUUCUUAACCAACCUAAAGGGUAUUAUUAGGGAAGACCGUCCACUGACCAUCAUAUUAGACCGUGGAGCUGGCCUUUUGAAGCAUGUCCCUAUUAUCUUCCCAAAGGCUUACCAUUCUUAUUGUUUGUACCACAUGAAAGGUAAUAUUCCGGUUCCAAAGGGUAAGAGCAGGCAAACUGCUGUGAAGUUGCUUGAAGAGUGCUACAUUGCCUUAACAAAGGAGAACUGUUUUGUUACUGCCAAGAGUAUGAGCAAUCUCAAGCUUGAUUCAGUGAUUGAUUGGAUGGUAAAGAUUCCAUUCGAGAAUUGGGCAGCUCAUUCUUUUCAAGGAGAAAGGCUUGGUGAGAACACAUCGAAUAUUGCAGAGAGUUUUAAUAGUGUUAUCAAGCUUGAUAAGCGGCUUCCAGCACUUGAUGUUAAUUGCAUUUGUGCUAAGGUAAUGGAGAAGAACUACAAGAGGUUGGUGGAGUCUAGUAAAUGGAAUUCAAGACUUACUCCCCGGAUGCAAGCUAGGAUCAACAAGAGGGUUACCGACUGCCGUUUCUACAAGUUUAAAAGAUCAAGUAAUAAAGUCUUUGAAAUAAUUUAUCCUAUUAGAAAGCACACGGUCGAUCUGGAUGCUAGGACUUUCACUUGCAAUUGGUGGCAGAAGCAUAGUUUCCCUUGCACACAUUUGAUGAAAUUUAUGUUGCAGAUUGGGCCAGAUGAACCUUACAAGCACAUCAUUCCGUAUUAUACCACUGAGUACUAUAGAGGUUUGUAUGCUCGUCCUAUAUAUCCUAUUCCCAACCAUGAGAGGCCGCCUAAAAUUAAUGAAGAAGGUUAUGUCUUGCCUCCAAAUGGUGGUCGAGCAUCAGCUGGAAGGCCAACUACUUCAAGGUACAGGGGUUCUCGAUAG